AUGCCCUCCUUCCCAAAAUUCAUCUACCAACAACUCACCAUAAAUCUCCCCGUCCCCUCGGCCUCCUACGCCGGCAAAACCGUCAUCAUCACCGGCAGCAACACUGGCCUCGGCAAAGAAGCCGCCCGCCACUUCGCCCGUCUCGGCGCCUCCACCCUCAUCCUCGCAGUGCGUUCCGUCGAGAAGGGAAACGCCGCCAAGGCGGACAUCGAAGCCUCCACGAAGGUCGGACCCGACGUCAUCCAGGUAUGGGAACUGGAUCUGGGCAAGUAUGACAGUGUCAAGGCGUUUGCGGCUCGCGUGAAUGAACUCCCCCGCGUGGACAUCCUGAUCGAAAAUGCCGGCAUUGCGACGGGGAAGUAUACCAAGUUCGACGGCGGCGAGUCGACGAUUACGGUGAACGUCUUUUCGACUUUUCUGCUCGCGGCGCUGGUGUUGCCGAAGCUCAAGUUCGACGGCGGAGAAUUCCCUGAGAGGAAAGCCCCCGACGGCAAGAUCUUUGACGCGCUCAACGAUGAGUCGAAGUGGGACAAGGCGAAGGAAGAUAGUGAGCUAGCUCGCGAGUCCGACAGCUGGUCCUUGGACCUCCUGAAGAAGCUCGUCGCACGAACCACGGAACAGGGCAGCCGUACCCUCGUCCAUGCUGGAUCUCAAGGCGCCGAUACGCAUGGGAAAUACCUGUCCCACUGCAAGGUCCACGCUACAGAGGGUUGGGCGGCUGGUGCCGGGAGCAAGGAACUUCAGGGCAGGGUGUGGAAGGAGUUGACGGAGAGACUCGAGGCCAUCCAGCUUGGCGUGACGAGCAAUUUCUGA